AUGCCGUCGGCCGCGGCGGCCGACGCCGCGCUUCCGGCCGCGCUCCUCGCGCCGCCGCUCACGCCCGCGCUCGCGUCGCCGCAGAGCGGCGUCGCGCUCCUGCCGCCGCCGCCGGGCAUCGACGCGGGCACGUGGAGCGCGGCGCUCGCGGCGGCCUGGGGCUCCCGGCCACCCUGGUCGCCGUCGACGCCCGGCGGCGCCGACGGCGUCUCGACGGACGUCGUCGCGCUCGGGUCCGCGGCGCUGCUGACGCCGGCCAAGGACGACGACGAGCCCGACGCGGACGACGACGACGCCUGGGAGUCCGUGCCCGCGCCGGGCGACGACGACGGCGGCGACGGCGCGACGAAGGAGGAGGCUAAGGACGGCGACGACGCGAAGGCGAAGGACGGCGACAAGGAGGAGAAG